AAUGACGAGUUCAAAAAAGCGGAAAUAGCGACAUUCUACGGUCGCGUCGAUGAAGCUGAGAAAAUCUAUAUGGAAAAUGAUCGACGUGAUUUAGCGAUUGCUGUACGAGAGAAAACAAACAACUGGUUUAGAAUCAUGGAGAUUUUACAAAAAAGCAGUUCCCCAGGAGACGAUGAGCUGCUUCGAAAAGCUAGCAAUCACAUUGGAGAUUAUUAUGCCGAGCGACAAAACUGGUUUGACCAAACUGCCAUUUCUGUUAUCAUUUCGUUACCGUAA